GUGCCCAAUUUUCCUUCUCUAUGAAGGUAUUCACAUGUACAUUUUCACAUGAAUUGUCAUUGCAUGGACAAACUCACCCCAAUAUUCAAUCCAACCUCGUGCCUAAUAUGUAAUAGCCUACCAAAUCUUGAAUUUCCACUGCUCUCUUACUACAAACUCUGACCAUUGAAAAAAAAAAAAAAAAUUCGCCCCCUAAAACUCUCAUAAGCCCCGCCGGCAUGUCGGUCGGAAAAUAUUCCCGGCAAUGUUAUUCUUUGGUAUUUUUCUUUCUUCUUUUUCUUAUGCAAGUUUCUCCAACCAAAUCAGAUGAGCUUCAAAUGCUUUUGAACUUGAAGGCCUCUCUCAACAAAUCAAAAACUAAUGUGUUCAGCUCAUGGACAGGAGAAAACUCUGUUUGCAGCUUCACUGGAAUUUUUUGCAAUGCUAAUGGACUCGUUAAGGAAAUCAAUCUUUCCCAACAACAGCUUCAGGGUGUUCUUCCUUUUGAUUCAAUAUGUGCUUUGCAAUCGCUGGAGAAGAUUUCUUUAGGAUCAAAUUCUCUUCAUGGUAGCAUCACUGAGGACUUGAAGAAUUGCAGAAGCUUGCAGGUUUUGGAUUUGGGUGGGAAUUUGUUUUCUGGACAGGUUCCUGACUUGUCUAGUUUACGAGAAUUGAGGAUCCUGAAUUUAAAUGGUAGUGGAUUUUCAGGGUCAUUCCCAUGGUAUUCACUGGAGAAUCUUACCAAUCUUGAAUUUUUAAGUCUUGGAGACAACCCAUUCGAUGCAACAAGCUCCUUCCCUGCUGAAGUUCUGAAGCUUAACAAGUUGUACUGGCUUUAUCUUACUAAUUGUAGCAUCAAAGGCCAGAUUCCAGAGGGUAUAUCAAAUCUUACUCUGCUUCAAAAUCUUGAACUCUCUGAUAAUCUUUUAUCUGGAGAAAUCCCAGCAGGAAUUGGAAAGCUCAGCAAGCUUUGGCAACUUGAGAUUUAUAACAAUUCCUUGAGUGGGAAACUUCCGGUAGGAUUCAGCAAUCUCACAAACCUGGUGAAUUUUGAUGCUUCACAUAAUAAGCUUGAAGGUGAGCUUGGAGAGUUGAAAUCCUUGAAACAGCUUUCUUCUUUGCAACUAUUUGAAAACCAAUUCUCCGGUGAGAUUCCUGAGGAAUUUGGUGAACUGAAGUACCUAACAGAGUUAUCUCUUUAUACGAACAAAUUCACCGGUUCACUUCCUCAGAAGCUAGGCUCUUGGAGCGACUUCAUUUACAUCGAUGUUUCAGAGAAUUUCUUGACAGGUCCUACACCUCCAGAUAUGUGCAAGAAUGGAAAAAUGACUGACCUUCUUAUCCUGCAGAACAAGUUCACAGGCCAAAUCCCAGAUAGCUAUGCGAAUUGUAAGUCUCUGAUUCGUUUACGUGUAAACAACAAUUCACUUUCAGGUACUGUCCCUGCAGGAAUAUGGGGUUUGCCAAACCUUAUUAUCAUUGAUCUUAGCAUGAACCUAUUUGAAGGUCCUGUGACAACUGAUAUAGUUAAUGCAAAGUCUCUGGGGUUAUUAAUUCUAGCUAACAAUCAAUUUUCUGGUGAGUUGCCUGCUGCAAUUUCACAUGCUUCUUCCUUGGUGUCAGUCCAGUUGAGUUCAAAUCAAUUUCAUGGCAGAAUCCCGGAAAGUAUUGGUGAAUUGAAGAAACUAAACAGUCUUUAUUUGAAUGGAAACUUGUUUUCUGGUACCAUACCAGAUUCAUUAGGCUCAUGUGUAUCCCUCACUGAUAUAAACCUCUCUGGCAAUUCAUUUUCCGGGGAAAUACCUAAGAGUCUGGGAUCUCUUUUUACUUUAAACUCCUUGAAUUUAUCAAACAACAAACUUUCUGGUCAAAUUCCAGUUAGUUUAUCAUCUCUGAGGCUAAGCAAUCUUGAUCUAUCAAAUAACCAGCUGACUGGUCCCAUACCUCAAUCUUUAUCCCUUGAGGUCUUUCGUGAAGGCUUUGAUGGAAACCCAGGUUUAUGUAGCAAUAAUUUCAGGAAUAUUCGACCUUGUUCAGCCACUUCUAGCAAUUCCAGUCACCUUCGAGUACUUCUAUCUUGUUUAGCAGCCGGACUGCUAGUUUUGGUCAUUUCUGCUGGUUGGUUAUUGCUUGCGAAGCAAAGACUGAAGAAUCUUGAUCAUCCACUGAAGCAGAGUUCUUGGGAUAUGAAAUCGUUUAGAGUACUAAGUUUUAGUGAAAGAGACAUCACUGAUGCCAUUAAAUCGGAGAAUUUAAUUGGCAAAGGAGGAUCAGGAAAUGUGUACAAAGUUGUCCUUGGUAAUGGCAAUGAACUGGCUGUGAAACACAUUUGGACAUCCAAUACCAGUACUGAUCGGAAAAGUUUACGGAGCAGCUCAGCCAUGCUGACAAAAAGGGACUUCAGAUCAACAGAAUUUGAUGCAGAAGUGGCCACAUUGAGUGCUGUGAGGCAUGUGAAUGUGGUGAAGCUGUACUGUAGCAUAACAAGUGAGGACAGCAAUCUACUGGUUUAUGAGUAUCUACCCAAUGGAAGCUUGUGGGAUCAGCUACAUUCUUGUAAGGAGAUCAAGAUGGGGUGGGAGUUAAGGUAUGCAAUUGCAGUUGGGGCUGCAAGGGGAUUGGAGUACUUGCAUCAUGGGUUUGAUAGACCUGUGAUUCACAGAGAUGUGAAGUCAAGUAAUAUUUUGUUGGAUGAGGAGUGGAAGCCAAGGAUUGCUGAUUUUGGACUUGCAAAGAUUGUUCAAGCUGGUGGUGGAGAUUGGAGUCAUAUCAUUGCUGGAACUCAUGGUUACAUGGCUCCUGAAUAUGCAUACACAUGCAAGGUAAAUGAGAAGAGUGAUGUGUACAGUUUUGGAGUAGUCCUAAUGGAGUUGGUCACAGGAAAAAGGCCAGUAGAACCAGAAUUUGGAGAGAACAAGGACAUAGUAUACUGGGUUUGCAGCAAAAUGACAAGCAAAGAGAAUGCACUUGAUUUAGUGGACUCAAACAUCUCAGAGAACCUGAGGGAGGAUGCCAUCAAAGUUCUGAAAAUCGCUAUGCACUGCACAGCAAAAAUCCCAGCUUUAAGACCAUCAAUGAGAAUGGUAGUUCAGAUGCUGGAAGAGGCUGAACCACAUAAACUUACAGAUGUCGUUGUGGUCAAGAAAGAAGGUGGAGCUAGUCCAGAUGAGAAAUUGAAGGCCACCAGCAUAUAUGAUCUCAGCACUUGAAAUUUUCUUUUGAAGCUUAUUCACUUGCAGUAAUGAGCAUGUAAUUUUUAGUUUAGUAGUUUACUGAUAUUAUAGAACUCAGCCUGUGAAAUUUGCAGCAGAACUUUAGAUUUCUAGGUAGGAGAAGAACCUUAAGCAUCUGAAAGAACAAGGAUCUGUAUUAUUUAGAUCUCAUCUUUUUGUAUUGAAGUUACACAAAAUGACAUUUUGCCUUGCAAAUGUAAUGCGUGUUCUUCAGGAUGGCAAUGCCCUUAGCAAUUGCCAAUGUGAAUAUGUUGGUUUAAUUUCA